CGAAUGAACAUCACAGGACACUUGACAUGGUAAUAAGGGUCAUUUAUCCACCAAUAUUUGUGUACGGAAACUAUUAGAGCAUGGACUAACGUCAAACUCAUCUCUGACUAAUUGCUUGAAGUCAUAGUGUGUGUGCAAUACGGACACAGUGUAGUGUUAGCCUCGGUGAACGCACUAAAGUUGACUAAUGAACAAAAACAAACAAAGUGUAAGAAUACAUGUUUUGAUGAUAAUACUGGACAAUAUUGGGAUUUAAGUGUUCAUUUUAAAUAAGAAUUUUCUAGAUGAGUUUUAAAAUGUACACCAUGGCCAUUCUAAUGGGCAUUUGUUUGUUAAUUUCAAAAGCCCAACCUGAAAGCGACGAUGCGGACGAUAGGAAAGCCUGUACCACGAUAUGCUUCGAAACACAAAACACAUACGGAAGAUCCCAAUUACCGUGCCUUACACCGGACAGAAACACCAACAACGACAUCUGUCAGAAAUACUGUAUGAAGCACGGAAACCAAUGUUUUGCGAGAGACUGCACAACAUACGAUAAAGAAAGAUCUGCAAAAUCCCAGCCAGCGGACACCACAACUACGACAACUCGAGCUGAUGAUGGUUCUCAGUCAGAGCAGAAGAAUGCUAAGGGUUAUCCACACCAGGACUGUCCGCCUCAGGACUGUGCGGCCCUCCACGAAGGAUCGGGUGUGAGUGUCGGGGCGGCCGUGGGGCUCCUUUUGAUCGGGUUGAUGGUGGGGGCCAUGGCAACCGCGGCUCUUUGCGUCUGCUGUCCCUCCGUAUAUGCUAAGGCAUACGCCGUUAGGUCAGGCACGAAGGAAACAGGCCGCGCGAAUAUGGAAGAUGGAGAAAUCGUGAAUGCCACAGCGCAAAAAUCCCGACCCAUGCCGUCUGCGCCGCUCGCUACUCUGCCUGCUGACAUCCGGUCAACACCCACAACAGCGCAAAAUGCCAACUGUGUCCGACCUGACUCCCAGCAUAUUUACAGCGAGUCGAUGGAUCUAUCGGUCGGUAGCACAAACACAUAUAAUGCACCCGGCUACAAUCACGCCAACAACAACUCGUCACUUGCUCCAGUGACUUCACCGACAUACGGAUACAAUAAGUUCGCCAAUGACGUCAUACCGGGCACGAGCAUUUCGACAGUCGCAGAUAGCGCCUACCAGCCACUGAACGCGGACAGAAGCCAGAAUGCGGGAUACAAUCAGAUACCCGCUGUUAGGGAUGACGGUGAUUUACGGAGCCAGGAGCACACUGAUCCCAGCGGAUCUCACCAAUAUUUUGUGCUUGAAAAGAACGGUGCAAUGGGCAGUACGGAAAUUGGUCUUCGUGAUAAUGAUAUCGGUGACCCACAUGACUAUUUUGUGCUGGAAAAAAGAUGAUUAAAGCGGCAAUACUGAUGUGAUUCAACCGUACAAAACAUUAAAUUAUGUAUUUAUCCACAUAAAACUGGAUACGAUUUACAGAAUAGAACAGAACAGAACAAAAGUUAUUUCGUUUUAAACAAUUCAAACACAUAUAAUAUACAAUUGGAUACGAUUGACAUGAAAUCCUUAGGGAGUCACUGAUACUAUUAGGUAGACUGUGGUGAGAUUAUUUGCAUAAUAUAUAUAACUAUAACUAUACAAUGCAAAGUCUGUUGAUGACAAAUUAUGUGCAAUAAUUUUCAGAAUGUG